GCCCUCCCUACCCGCGGUGACGCCGAAGAAGAAACCCGGAAACAGCAGCAGGCAGCAAAUCGCUCUCCUUCUCCUUUGAGCCGCUGCUCCCAGCGUGGUAUCCAGACGUCGACUCCGGUGUUUCUCGGCGAGCAUCCAGAAGCUGACAUCUGCUGGAAGGACUGUUUACCCCGGGGCCACCUCCCAGGCCGGGCUUCCCUGCUCCUGACUGCCAGUCGCACAGCUCCACUGCUGGUAUCAUAACAUGGGGAACCUACUCAAAGUUCUGACAUGCACAGACCUGGAACAGGAGCCCAAUUUCUUCCUCGACUUUGAAAAUGCACAGCCCACAGAGGCAGAGCGAGAGGUGUGGGAACAGGUGGACGUGGUGCUGCAGGACGCCAAGGGGAUCCUGGAUGAACUGCAGGCCUAUAAAGGGGCAGGGCAGGAGAUCAGAGAGGCGAUCCAGAAUCCCAACGACGAGAGUUUGCAGGAUCAGGCGUGGGCGGCUGUGGUUCCUUUGGUUGGAAAACUGAAGAAGUUCUACGAGUUUUCCCAGAGGUUAGAAGCGGCGUUGCACAGCCUGCUGGGAGCUCUGACCAACGAGACGUACAACGACCCGACUCAGCACCUGGAGCGGGAGCAGGCGCUCGCCAAGCAGUUCGCCGAGAUCCUGCACUUCACCCUGCGCUUCGACGAGCUGAAGAUGACAAAUCCUGCCAUUCAGAACGACUUCAGCUACUACAGGAGAACCCUGAGUCGAAUGCGGAUCAAUAACGUUCCGGCAGAGGGCGAGAACGAAGUCAACAACGAGCUGGCCAAUCGGAUAUCUCUCUUCUACGCGGACGCCACUCCCAUGCUGAAGACGUUGAGCGACGGCACGACGAAGUUCGUAUCGGAGAACAAGAACCUGCCCAUCGAGAACACGACGGACUGCUUAAGCACGAUGGCCAGUGUGUGUAAAGUCAUGCUGGAAACGCCGGAGUAUCGCAGCCGCUUCAACAGCGAGGAGACGGUGUCCUUCUGUCUCAGGGUGAUGGUCGGCGUCAUCAUCUUGUACGACUACGUCCAUCCUGUGGGAGCGUUUGCAAAGUCGUCUAAAAUUGAUAUGAAAGGCUGCAUCAAAGUCCUCAAAGAUCAGCCUCCAAACAGCGUAGAUGGCCUUCUUAAUGCUCUCAGGUACACAACCAAGCAUCUGAAUGACGAAUCGACCAACAAGACUAUCAAGAGCAUGCUGCAGUAGGGCUGAGCUAAACCACUGCUGAGGAGAAGCACCACUCGCUGUCCUGACGGAUUUAGCUGCACAGAAUGUUUUUGAUUUGUUUUUGUUUUUUGUUUUUUUCUUGGAAAAUGAGCUCAGCUCCGCCCAUUUUUAAUGAUGCAAAGUGCUACUGCCAUUACGACGUCUUUCUGUGCCAAACAGACGACGGCGAGAUGCGAUGCUUUCGACACAAGGCCAUGCAAAGAUGGCAGCUCAUGAAAGCAUUGCGGACCCUCUGGUGUUUUUAAACAUUUCUUGUUUUUUUUGUUUGUUU